UGUGCAGUUCAAGUUUCCCAGAACAAGCUAACUAGCUGGAGACUUUCUGGUCUCGUCAGCAACCGCAGCUAAAUCCGCUGUCAGUUUUUGAUUCACAGAUAAUGUCAGAGCAAUGUUUAGCGUUCUAAUGGUAAAUAGAGUUAGAAUCUAGCUUUUGUGAAGUUGGGCGGCCGGAAACUAGAACUAAAUACUCGCCAAGGAAAUGUUCAGCCUCGCCCACUACUACUAGCCAGCUUGUCACUCCUGAGCCGCUGACAGCUAGCCCAUUAGCUGAGCCUUGCUGCUGCUGCACUGCUUUCACGAAUUCACCUAGCAAUGCAACUGAGGUGUGUCUGUUAAAGCAUAAGGAUGGCUGGUUCCCAGUGGGACCUUCCCCCGGAGCUUUGCUGCCGGCCCAUGGCUUUUGUGGCUCUGACUGGUCUGGAUGUUGUGUACAAUGCUGUGCAUCGGGCCAUCUGGGACGCUUUCUGUGCCAACCGUCGAGCUGACAGAGUCCCCAUCUCUUUCAAAGUGCUCGCAGGAGACCACGAGUAUCCCAAAUGUCGCACCAAGCGGACAUCUUACGAGUGGUACAUCCCCAAAGGCAUCCUAAAAACAGGCUGGAUGAACAAGCAUCUGAACCUGGUUCCUGCUCUGGUAGUUUUGUUUUACGAACUGGACUGGGAUGACCCGCAGUGGAAGGAAAAACAGUCUGAAUGUGCGACGAAAGUGGAAAUUGUCAGGACCAGUCUGCAGGGCCGGAACGCCAAGGUGGCCGUGGUUUUAAUCCAAAAGAAAACUCCUUUACCUCCAGGUGAGGACCUGGUAGCAUCAGAGAGAGCACAAGCUCUGUGCACCGCCUGUGAUUUGUCCGGCAAGAGCCUCUUCGUUCUGCCGCACACCGACCAUUUAGUGGGCUACAUUAUCAGGUUGGAAAAUGCCUUCUAUGAGCACGCUCAGACGUACUACUACACAGAGAUCCGUCGGGUAAAGUCACACAAGGAGUUCCUCAACAAAACAACGCACCAGCUCCUGUUUGUCAGGCACCAGUUUAAAAUCGCCUUCUUCAGCGAGCUCAAGCAGGACACCCAGAAUGCUCUGAAAUACUACAGAACGGCGUACAGUCUGGUUCAUGAGCUCAGGGCGCAUGAGACCAACAUGCUGGAGAUCAAAACCAUGGCUGGAUUCAUCAACUAUAAGAUCUGCCGCCUGUGUUUCCAGCACAACACUCCUCUGGAUGCUAUAGCUCAGUUCAGGAAACACAUGGACCAGUGCAAGAAGAAGAUCGGCUGUGCCGAGCUGGCCUUCGAGCACUCUGCCUGGAUGUCCAAACAGUUCCAGUCGUUUGGUGAGCUGUUCGACGAGGCCAUAAAGCUGGGUCUGACAGCCAUCCAGACCCAGAACCCUGGUUUCUACUACCAGCAGGCUGCCUGUUACACUCAGGACAGGAAGCAGCUGGCUCACCAGCUCUGUCAGGCUGGAGCAAGUUAUCCUUCUCCCGACCCACUGGACACCCAGAGCGGAGGGCUGGACUUCUACGGCCAGCGGCCCUGGAGACAAGGACAUCAGAGUAUCGACCCACAGGACGCAGAGAAGGAGAAGGUGGGAAUUCUCGCUCUGCAAAUCAAGGAGAGAGAUGUACCGCAUUCUGAGCUGAUUAUAGCGCUCCUCGGUAACGCUGUGGCCCAAUUCAAGAAGUACAAGUGCCCUCGAAUGAAGAGUCACCUGAUGGUGCAGAUGGGAGAGGAAUACUAUCAUGCAAAAGAUUACACCAAAGCCUUUAAGCUGCUGGACUAUGUGAUGUGUGAUUAUCGCACGGAGCGAUGGUGCGCUCUGCUGACCGACAUCCUGAGCACCGCUCUGCGCUGCGCUUAUCUGAUGGCCAGCGUGAAGGACUACAUCCUCUACUGCAUGGAGCUGCUGGGCAGAGCCUCUGAUUUGAAGGAGGAGCAAAAGUCGAGGAUUGAGAAGAACCUCCUCAAAGUUUUGAUGAACGACGUGCCUGAACCCGAGCCGGACUGUGACCCGUCUUCUGUCGGCGCUGCCAGGUCGCUGUGGACCGACCGCAUGGCUCUGGCUGGGUCCAAUGAGAUGACGAUAGAAGUUCAGGACUACAUCCCAUUCAUCCAAUGUAAGGCUAAAUUCCAGUCUCCCAGUUUCCAUGUGGACCAGCCCAUCCAGCUGCAGGUCUUUGUCCGGGCCGACUGUCCUCAUCCCGUGUCCUUCAACAAGCUGUCAGUCAGCCUGAGCAACCAGGAGUACAACCAGUGGUGUGUGGCUGAAUCAUCCGGUCAGGAGGACAUGACGCUGUUGCCGGGGAAACCCAAACGCUACCGUUUUAGCUUUGUGGCAAAGACGGAGGAUGUUGGGAAGAAGAUUGAGAUAACGGGCAUCGAGCUGAUGAUGGGCAGUGACAACGGCCGCUGCGUGUUCCUGAGCUGGAGGGGGGCAGGGGGAGACGCCGCCUCCGCUCACGAAGCCCUGCAGUCCAGCAGGUCCUCGCGGCGCUGGGCGCGCGGCAACGAGGCGCAUCCGGAGCUCGACUGGGACGGCAUCACUCUGCAGAACAGCACCAUGAUCAUCUCCAGAGUCCCAAAGAUCUCCGUGGUUCUGAGCCACCAGCCUCCCAUCCUCACCAACGAGAUGUACUGCAUCCGCCUCGCCGUCCAAUCACAGGAGGACGCCGUGGCCAGAGAUGUGCAGCUGACAACGGGUCUGAAGCCAGGACAGGACGCUAACCUCAGCCAGACCACCCACGUGACCCUCGACGCCUUCAAGGUUUGUGACGAUUCUGCUGCGUCUCUGCUUCCCGAUGUGCCUCUGGGGGACCUGCAACCCGGCGGAACGCUGGAGAAAUGUAUAUACUUCAGGUGUGGGUCAACUGGACCCCGGGUCUUCUUGUUCCACGUGGCCUACAGCGUUGAAACAGCAGUGGAAGGACGGCAGAUUAUCUGCAAAUGUCACAAGGAUGAGACGGUCACUAUAGACACGCUGGUUCCAUUUGACGUAUCUGUCAAGUUUGUGUCCACAAAGUUUGAGCCGCUGGACCGGGUUGCAGUGGACAUCCCCUUCCUGCUGUUGACGGACGUGGUUUCGUCGUCUCCGUGGCCUCUCCUGCUGGCCUCCUCGUCUCUGCAGCUGCUCACGCUGACCAGCAACACGCCCCAGCUCCAGUCGCAGCUUCAAGAAGUUGUUCUGCAGACGGCCGAGUGUGCCACCGAGUGCUUCUGUCUGCGAUGUCCGCCGGGGACCAACGACAACAACACGGUGGCCACAGGACAGUACCUCAUCUCGUGGAGGAGGCAGUCUUCCAAUCCAGACGGUCCGCUCAUCCAAACGACCGUCACUCUACCUCACAUCAUUCUGGAGUCGGUUCCCGUCUACAUUUAUGCAGACUUGCCGUCGUUCGGGCGAGUCCGAGAGUCUCUUCCAGUCCGUUACCACAUCGAGAACAGAACAUCUCUGGUGCAGGAGGUGGAGAUGGCCGUCGAACCGUCAGACGCCUUCAUGUUCUCUGGACUCAAACAGGUGCGUCUUCGUAUUCUCCCGGGCACAGAACAGCAAAUGCUGUAUAACUAUUACCCCCUCAUGGCCGGCUACCAAACACUACCCCAGCUCAACAUCAACCUGCCGCGCUGCCAGAGCUCCAACACACAAGCACUAAAACGCUUCCUGCCACAGCGGAUCUUUGUAAAGCCUCAGGGUCGACAGCCAGAGGACGCCUCCAUUGCUGCAGCUUGAGGAGAAAAUAAAACGAUUCCCUGUAAAUACAAUAACAAAGCAGCUCUGUCUUUGUUGUUUGAGAUGGUUUGUUUUCACAGAAAUGUCAUUUUUAAAACACUAUUAGUUUUGGAUCACGGUGUGAAAACGCUCUAUGAAAGCAUCAGCUGACCAAACACCUGAAGACCUUCUUUUCCAGGGAGUAAAAGAGACGAUAUGAUUCUCAGCUAGCUGUGAAAAUCAUGUAUGAAUCUGAUUUGAGCUUCAUGAAAGUUUGCCUAGAGUGUAAUUCCAUGGAUUGAAUGUUGUGAAGGAUCGAUUAUACUGAAGUUAUGGAAACUUGCCGUGUCUUAUUUUUGCACAUUACCUGCAGGCUCCGAAUCAGCACACGUAAAAAAAAAAGGAAAAGUGAAAAAGUGUUAAACCACGCAGCAUUUAUGGGUCAUUUCAUUGUUAGAAAAUACAUUUAAACAUGUUUUUUAACACACCAAUCACAGAAACACUGUAUCACAUUUGAAUGUGGAUAAUGGUGCUAUUUGGAAAAUUAAUUAAUGCUUUGAAUUUUUACUAAAACAAAAGUAUUUUAAGAAA